AUGGAUGAUGAGGGGAAAAACUAUGUUUCUGCAGAAGUAUCUGAUAUAUUGGAAACAGUUUCUUUUCUGAACAUAGUAUAUCAACCUUUGAAAGUAUUCUUGAGAGUGAGACCCUUUUCUGUAGCAGAGUUUGAAAACCAUGAAUCUCAGGGUUGUGUAACUAUUGAAGAUCCCCAGACAGUAAUUCUCAAUGCACCCAAAGAGUCUUCUGCAAUGAAAAACAGUGAAAGAGGGAUUGGUCAUUCUGUGCACAGGUUCACCUUUUCUCAGGUCUUUGGACCAGAAACUACUCAGAGUGAAUUUUUUGAAGGCUCAAUGAAAGAGAUAGUAAGAGCAUAUGUUAAUGGAGUGAAUGGACUGGUGUUUACUUACGGGGUUACAAAUGCAGGCAAGACAUUCACUAUCCAAGGGACUUCAAAAGAUUUUGGUAUUUUACCUCGCUCACUUGAUGUGAUUUUUAACCACAUAAAGGGAAGACAUUACCUGAAGAUGAACUUCAAACCCUAUUUGAGCAACAAUGUUAAAAAACUAGAAGAUGCACAAGUCAAGCAAGAAGAAGCCAUAAAAACUGCUAUUCUUGCAUCACUGAAAGAGGAGACAGAAAGCAUCUCAAAUACUAUUACAAAUAUGUCUAAUGUGGAGUCGGCUUCUUCCAACUGUGCUUCAAAGGGUCUUCCUUCUGAUUCACUAGCAGAGAACAACUUUGUUCCACUUGACAUAUAUAGGAUUAACAUACACCAAAGAACACAAGCAUCUGUGUGGAUUUCCUUUUGUGAAAUUUAUAAUGAAUAUGUGUAUGACCUAUUAAAUGUAUUAUCUACAUCAAAAACUCAGAAGCGCAGAGUCUUAAGAAUUUGUGAGGAUCAAGGAGGAAAUUCUUAUAUUAAAGACUUAAAGUGGAUUAACAUUCAGAGUACUGAAGAAGCCUGCAAAAUACUGAAAAUAGGAAACAAGAACCGAAGCUUUGCUUGUACUAGAAUGAAUGAGCAAUCAAGUAGGAGUCACAGUAUAUUUUCAAUCAGGCUACUAAGGCUAACUGAUGAGCAUCAGCCGUGUGUUCUUGGAGUUUCAGAGUUGUCUUUCUGUGACUUGGCUGGAUCAGAGAGGUGUAAUAAAACACAAGCCUUUGGAGACAGACUAAAAGAAGCAGGAAAUAUUAAUAAUUCUCUCCAUAUCCUUGGAAAAUGCAUUGCAGCAUUGAAGCAAAAUCAAAAUCCAAAGAUGAAGCCAAGCUAUAUUCCAUUCAGAGAGAGCAAAUUGACGCGUCUGUUUCAGCCAUUCUUUUGUGGAAAAGGCAAAGCUUGUAUGAUUGUAAACAUCAAUCAGCGUGCUUCCACAUAUGAUGAAACACUACAUGUAAUGAAAUUUUCAGCUAUAGCCAAACAGGUAAUCCAGACAAUUCUACCCAAAAGUUUUGGUUAUUUUCAACCCAAGCUAGUUGGAGGCAACGGCAAACCUAUUAUGCAUUUUGAUGCUAACACAUCUGUAGAUGACUUUCCUGACAGUACUGAAACCUCCGCAGAAGAGGAAGUGGACAUCACCAUUCUGAGUCAUGAGGAUCUCUUGAAAACUACAGAGAACCUAAAGGAGAAACUAGUUGCAGAAAGGCAAAGUAAACUCCUUCUGGAGGUGAAGAUACGUAGAGAGAUGGCAGAAGCAAUGUUCCGACAGCUGUUGGAAACAGAGGAAGCCUGGAGCAACCGCUUGGAAGAUAUGAAAGACAGUUAUGAAGAAAAACUGGAGAGCAAAUUUGAAAUGUAUAAAGAGGCCAUCAAGAAACAUGCAUAUAUGUGUGCAAUGGAACAAAUCGAAGACCAUUAUGUUCCCAUAGAAGAAUUUCUAGCUGAACAAGAGAAAGUUGAGGAUAGAGAGAGGAAAAUACUGCAAUUGGAAAGGCAACUUGAUGAACAGUCAGGGAGGCUGUUGGCUCUGGGAAGUCCGAAUUCAGAUAUACUGACUACUGAAAAUAACAUGGAACUAGAUCUUAUGAACAAGACAAUGAAGAAAGCCAACGAAGGAUUGCAGAAACAAUGCAAAGAGAAAGAAGAGCUUAUAAAAUCUCUGAAGCUUAAAAUACAGAAAUUAAAUGAAACCCUGCUAGAAGCUAAUGAAGGCUACAGAAAAAUGGCAGAAGAGAACAGUCGACUGAAGCAUACAAUCAUGCUCAAGGAUCAAGAAAUGAAUAGUCUUCAGAACUGGGCUAAACGUGUUCUUGAGCUUGAAGAAACAGUGUCUUCCCUGCAAAAAGAACUUGACGAACGGAAAAAGCAUUUCUCGAUAGAGGAGCCAAAACAACAAAAACCCAGGAGAGGUUUGUUGGCUAACCUGAAAUCCACGGUAGCAGCCACUGCUAGUACACCUCUUGGUAAAGGCUGGGGCAAGUAUGAAGAUGCUUCAUCCUCUUCAAGAAAACAAGUACUGUUGACUCAAAGCAAAAGAAUAAUAUUUGAUUAA